GCCAAAGGCGAGCGGUUGUUGCUCCCGCUUCUCAAAACACCAACAGUGCGCGCACAGCAGCAACAUUUGCGUUAAAAACUCAAGUUGAGCUUCGAAAACUCGAAGAACUAGAAACCUUAAUCCAAUCAUAAACUAAUCAGUCACAAAAGUGACAGCUGCAACAUAAUCUAUUAAAAAAAAAAAAAAAGAAACCAACAACAAAGUGCUAGAAACUCGUGUUCCCAUACACAAGAUACAAUUAUUUUUUUCGGGUGCAAAGUGCAGGUGGAGCAGCAGCAGCAGCAGCGGUGUCUCGUCGGCCAACCACACAUGACCACAAUGCCACCGGAAAUGUCCGCAACAACGGCAGCUCCCGUUGGCAGUGCACCGAGUGCCACCGCUCAUCAUAAUCCCGCUGCCGUCGGCGGCGGCGGUAUGCCGCGUCCAGCUUCCCCGGCCGUCGGCAGCAACAACACGACGGCGGCAACGGCGACGACGGCAACGCGAUCCCGCUUCAUGAUCACCGAUAUUCUCGCAGGAGCAGCGGCUGCAUCCGCGGCAGCAGCAGCAGCGGCCGCCGCCUUGGCAGCCGCCUCUUCGGGCGGUGGGCGUGGCAGUCCGCCGGAUUCGGAGCGGGACGAAUCGAUCGUUGCCCAGCAUCAGCAUCCGCAUCAGCAGCAACAUCACAAUCACCAUCAGCAACAGCAACAGCAGCAGCAGCAGCAUCAACAGCAGCAACAUCAGCAGCAGGCCGCCUUGCAACAGUACAUCGUGCAACAGCAGCAACUGCUGCGCUUUGAGCGUGAGAGGGAAAGGGAGAGGGAGAGGGAGCGGGAGCGGGAGCAUUAUAGGGAAAGGCAUUCGCCACCGGGAGGCAAUCUCUACUCGCACCACAGCAUGCCGCCCCAUCUGCUCGCCCACUUUCCGCCCGCCCACUACGCCGUGUUGCAGCAACAACAGCAGCAACAGCAGCAACAGCAGCAGCAGCAACAUCCCCACCAUCUGCAAAUGGAGCGGGAGCGAUUGGAGGCACUGCAUCGACAUGGUCAUGGGCUGCCCGGUGAUCCGGGGCAGCAUCUGAACCACCUGAGCCAUCUAAGCCACCAGCAACACCACCUCCCACAUCUGCACCAUCCCAUCCACGAUGAGCGAUCCCGGUCGCCGCUCAUGCUCCAGCAAUUGGGCAAUGCCAGUGGCAAUAACAACAACAAUAACAACAACAACAAUAGCAGCAGUGCUAACAACAACAAUAACAACAGUGGCAGUGGCAACAGCAACAUCAACAGCGGUGGCAACAGCAACAACAAUGGCAGUGGCAACGGCAACAUGUUGCUCGGAGGAGCCGGCAGCAGCAUCAGCGGCGAUCAGGCGAGCACAAUCGACGACAGCGAUAGCGAUGAUUGCGGCGGCAAGGACGACGAUGGCGAGGACAGUCUGAAGAACGGCAGCUCGGCGAACGGCGACUCCUCGUCGCAUUUGAGCCUCAGCUUGAGCAAGAAGCAGCGGAAGGCGCGUACCGCCUUCACGGACCACCAGCUGCAGACGCUGGAGAAGUCCUUCGAGCGGCAGAAGUACCUCAGCGUCCAGGAUCGCAUGGAGCUGGCCAACAAGCUGGAGCUGAGCGACUGCCAGGUGAAAACCUGGUACCAGAAUCGCAGAACCAAAUGGAAGCGGCAGACUGCGGUUGGACUGGAGCUCCUUGCCGAGGCGGGCAACUACGCCGCCUUCCAGCGUUUGUACGGCGGUGCCACGCCCUAUUUGAGCGCCUGGCCGUAUGCAGCCGCCGCCGCCGCCCAAUCGCCCCACGGCGCCCCGCCCUCAGCGAUCGAUAUCUACUACCGACAGGCGGCGGCCGCCGCUGCCCUGCAGAAGCCCGCCAUUCCCGCCUCGUACCGCAUGUAUCCCACGAGCAUGCCGCCGGGCAUGGCGCUGCCCGGGAUGCCCGCUCCCCCGCCCCCCGGCGCGGCGCCCAUGCUGAGCGGCUAUUACGCCGCCGCGGCAGCAGCGGCCGCUUCCGCUGGCGCUCAACAGCAGCAGGCGGCGCCGCCCGCGUCCCGCUCGCCCGCCACCAGCCAGAGCGCAAAUAGCGAAGCGGACUGCGAGCGGACCAGCAGCAGCAGUCGCCAGCGGUUGAUCACGCCCAGUCCGCCCCUCAAUCCGGGCAGUCCGCCCCACCGCGAGCGCUCCAACGAGGAGGAGAGCGAGCGGGACAGAGAGCGGGAGCGGGAUAGGGAGAGGGAGAGGGAUAGGGAAAGGGAGAGGGAGAGGGAGCACGAGCGGGAACGGGACGAGGAGGACGACGAGGAACUGGCCCUGGAGGUCUGAGGAUCCCUCGCACAGAAAUCCCUCCUCAUAGCUGGAUCUCACAAAUUUGUCUAAACAAAAAUAAUAAUCACGGGGUGGAGUAUUCCAGAUUUGUGAAUUGUGGUGGAAGUCCUUUGGCAAAAAAACCUUCGUUCGAGUUUUGUGAAAAUAGUAAAGUGACAUUUUCAAAAGCAUACAGCUGAUUUCAAAAGAAAAGCAGUAAUUAAACAUAUUUUUCAUUAUUAUUAUAUGCAGGAAUUAUGGUUUGUAAAGCAAAAAAAACAAAAUAAAAACAUUGUCAAAGCUUAACAAAUUCGUAACGUUUUAAGAUAAAAUUCCAAAAAGGGCUAUUUUGAAGCCAGCUGUAAGUUGAAUUUGCUGCCACUAAAUGUUUGAUUAGCCCUAAUUUAUCUACCAAAAUUGUAUAAAAAUCUCAAUAAAUUACCAUAGAAUUAUACAAGAAGUAACAGUAUUAGAACCUCCCCAUGUUCAUCUGUCUCCAAGAAUAACCCCCAGUAGAUGUGAAGAAAAACUUAUACAUACAUACAUAUAUCAAUAAUAUAUAAACCUUUUUUUUCUAUAUUUAAUUGAAACCUAGCCUAGAGGAAAUUUUGUAAAUUUUUGUAAAUGAUUUUUGUACAUACGCAGCAGACCAACAACAAAAGCAACACGAUUUUUUUCCAAACAAUAUUUUUUUUACAAUUUUUUUUUUGUGCCUAGUCUUAAGACGUCUAUUGUGUGUAGUAAUAAUAAAGUGAAGAAAAAGAGAAAAAAGAGCAAUCGA